UACUUCCCCGUUUUGACUUUUUAGUUUUUGUUUUGUGGACUUUGCAAGAGGUCAAGAAACAAACAUUGACUUACGUGUCUUGCUUCAAAGUCUGCUUGCAAGAGUCUGUCCUUCGUCCAUAGGUUGCUUGGCGAGCGGGAAGUAGUUACUCCAUGCCUGCCACCAAUGUGGACGGGCAGGCAGCCGGGGGGCUGCCUCCCUCGGUGUUUGAUCUGCCUCGCGAGCUGACCGUUCGUCCUCAGAUGCUGAUAACACUGGCUGGGCUGGAUGCGAAGCGCAAUGCCGACCACCGCAUCAUUGCCGACGCCUUCACGGCCAACAGGCGCUCUGACAGGCUGCCAAUAAACUUCCAGCUGCGUUCCACGGACCACGACUACCCAACUGCUUCACCCCCGCGUACGUCGUACGAGUUCUUUCAUCCGCGCGGUAUCCUGAAGACCCACUGGAUGCACAAACACAUGAACCUGGUGCCCAGUGUGUGCGUCCUGUUCUUCAACUUGGACUGGGAUACGGAGACAUGGAACGAGCGUGUGCAAGAAUGUCUGUCGAAGAUUCAGUGCAUCAGAACAUCAUUGACCGGUCGCAACACUCGCGUAGCCCUCGUGCUGCUACAGUCGAAGAAACGAUCGCCUCUGGGUGAAGAUUUGCUGGCAUCGGAACGCGCCGCACUCCUGUGCAGUGCCUGCGAGCUUUCCUCUAAACAUCUCUUCAUUUUGCCAUACGACGACCAGCAGAUGAUCAUGGCCUAUGUUCAAAGACUGGAGACUGCCUUCUUCGAGCUCUCACAGCAAUACUACCAGGGAGAAACUAAGCGUGUCAAGAGCAGGAAGGAGUUCUUGAACAAGGGCACUCAUUUAGUGCUAUUUGUGCGCCACCAGUUCAAGUGUGCCUUCUACUGUGAUAUGCGGCAAGACUUGACCCUAGCUCUGCAGCACUAUAUUAUGGCAUACAGCUACCUGACGGAGAUAACACCAAGCUUGUCCAACUCUCUGGAGCUGCGGAUGGUUGCUGGCUAUCUCAAUUACAAGAUCUGUCGCCUGUGCUUUCGCGGUGGAGCUCCGCGAGAUGCGCUGACGCAGUUCCGCAAGCACAUCGACCAGUACAAGACGUUCGUCCACUAUGAGGAGCUGCAGUUUGAGCAUUACGCCUGGCUGUCGAAGCAGUUCAGUAUAUUUGGUGACUUGUUUGACGAGGCAGUGCGCAAUUACAAUCUCGCCCCUGUAAUGGCUCAGCAUCCUGGCUUCUACUUCAAACAGGCUUCCGAUUACACCAUGGAUCGUCGGCGUGUUUCUGGCAAGGAGUGCAAGGAUGCUGCUGGAAUCUACUCCGGUGAUAUUGACUACACCAAGAUUGUCUACGUUGGUCAGCGUCCAUGGCGUGUUGGAUACAGAGAGGGUCAGUCGUGCAGCCCAGAGGAUCAGCAAGAAGGUAUAUUCCAGCUGCAGGCAUGUGAAGGGCAUACCCGAUACUCGUGGAUAAUCGUGCAAGCCCUGACCUCUGCUAUCACUCACUUCAAUAAGCAUCGCUCACCACGUAUGCGCGAAACACUCCGCCUGCAACUAGGCAAUGAGUACGUCAUGUCUGGGGACUAUGCAAAGGCGCUUUCAGUUCUUGGUCACUCCAUGGAAGAGUUUCGUCUGGCCCAGUGGUGGUCAUUCCUUGUUACCAGUCUCAAGUUUGCGCUCAGGUGUGCGUAUGCCACAGCUCAGGUUGAAGACUAUCUGACAAUCUGCAUUGAGCUGAUGGGAACACGCUACGACAGUGACAUCGAAGAGAGGUCUCGCAUUCAAGCCAACGCACAGCGCAUCCUAUCCAACGAACUCCCUGAGCCUGAGAAGGACUGCACGGAUGAUGAGAUUGCCAAGGCCAAGGAUCUCUGGAAGGCUGGAAUUGAGAAGAUGUGGCGUGAGGAUCGUAUCGUGACUCAGCCGGCUAUCACUGUUCGCGACCCGCAGACGAAUACCUUCACAGUUCUUGUUGCACAACUCGCUCCAUUCAUCCAGUGCAAAACGCAGUUUUCCAAGCCAGCGUUCUACGCCGACGAGGAGCUUGUAUUACGCAUAUACCUCAGAUCAUUUGCACCGCAGCCAGUGAAGUUUGAUCGUCUGGCAGUGACAUUUCAAGAUACAGUUUACAAGGGUCUAAGUACAAAGUCAUCGUCUGAGUCCGGUGAUGGAGGUGCAGAUGAGCUGCUCUUAGAGCCCGGUAAAGUGUUUGUUCAUACGUUUCGCUUCUUAACGCCCAUGUCACUUCUGAAGACUGCGGAGGUGCAAAGCAAUAUCACGCUCGCAUCCACGCAGCUGUACCUGGGCUCGCCAGCUUCAUCGUGCUGUGCCAUUCUGAAGUGGACAGGUGCAGGUACAGACAUGACCCUGGCACCGUUGGCUACCACCAACCGUCAGCUCGUUGACAUGUGGAGUAUGGCAUCCGGCCGUGGCUCCACACACUACGACCACUGGGACAAUGUACCCGUCUGUGCUAAUGCAGACAUUGUGAACCGAGACGGGGCACUGGCAUUGACUUUCUCUCACUCUCCGCCCGCACUGGUCAAGGAGUUCUAUCCCGUGCAGCUGACGGCUCGCAACAAGGAGAGGCACACUGUGACAGGCCUGACGCUGAAAGUCUCAUUCCGCGAACAGGAGAUGGUGGAGUCAAGUCAUCUUAGCCUAGACAAGACAUACGCAGCCGACACAAACACGGGGUCACUUGAGAUCGACAUGCCUGAUCUGAAGCCGGGUGAGGAGGCAACGCAAACCAUCUAUCUGCAGGGUCAGCAGGUGUGCAAGCGUACACUUAUCGUCUUGGCCGAGUAUGGUAUCACUAUACCUGCGGCUGUGGGAAGUGCAGGACCUGACCGCCAUCUCCUGUUUCAGAAUUGGACAUCAAUCGACGUUGCGUCAGUACACCCGUUCGAGGCCUCCAUCCGUCUCACCAGCCUUCGCAUGGAAAGCAUCGACACGGUCUGUAAGGGCGAGGAGUUCAUCUUGUCAGCGGAGAUCCGCUGUUCAUCACCCUGGCCUAUCACCAUCACCAACUCCUCAAUACAGCUGUGCCAGCCGUUCGUUCUUACUGAUGGUGACUCCUCUCCUCCUUCUCAGCUCUGCAAUGCGCAACUGGAAGGCGACAACAUUGCAAGCGAGUGUUUUGGAGUUGUAGUGCCGUCGACGUGUACGCAGAAGGGAAUCAUUCCGCUCGGACAGUUCUCUUUGCUCUGGCACAGGUCAGUGAAUGAUGAAGUGGAAUCACCAGAGGCGAUCUCAACAGUUCUGUCCUUACCCGUUGCCAUGGUGACAGAUGUACCUUUCGUCAUAACGGCAGAUUUACCAUCGCACGGUGAAGUACGUCGUUGUCUACCACUCUCAUAUACCGUGCGUAACCAGACCGCACUCAUCCAGGAGGUCGAACUGGAGAUUGAGUCAUCGGACAGCUUUAUGUACUCCGGCGAUCGAAAGAUCCACUUGAGAGUAGCAGCCAAGGAUCAGCAAGUGAUCAGUUAUGGUUUGUACCCGAAUGUGCCCGGCUAUCUGUGUAUUCCACAACUGCACGUCAAGUGGCUGCGGCAGGAGCUGGAGGAGCAGCAGAUACGCCGCUCGCUGCCCACGCACGUGUUUGUUAUGCCGAACACCAUCUAGACAUGGAGCAUGCUUGGUCGACAGUCUCAGCUUUGCUCUUGACCUACAUGUUGUUCCGCAUUUCCCGCGCGCCAAACGAGACUCUCUCUCUGUGUGUGUAUCCGGUGACAUAACCGUGGUGUCCCUGGUGGAAUCAUCACAGUGUGUACUAUCCCCCCCCCCCCCUUCUCUCCCUCUCUCUCUCUCCCCACACCUCUCCUCUUUCUCCCAUGCUGUCUUUGUUUUCAAAGAUCACAUUUACCUUGCGUCGGUAGUGUUUACGAUAUUUUUAAAUCUCCUACGCGCAAAAUUUUAAUUCUCCUUUGCUGAUGCCCUGGUGGCUAUGUUGAUAUCUACACGCUUAGCUCCUGCAGUCCUGGAUUUGAUAUGUACAUAGUGAGUAUAAUGAUUAUUAUUUUCUACCAAUGUCUGCUGCAAUGCAUCCGGGCUUUGCACCAGAAAUGUUGUAAGAAAAAUAUUCCCAUCGCUUUUUUUGUAAUGGUCCCCAAUGGUAUCUAACACUACUCUCAUAAUUAUGGCGUUUAUCCAAUUGCUAUGGAAACGUCAUUCGCUACUUUUCGCACAUAGUUAAUGUCUGCUGUGUGCGUUUGUGUAUGCGAUGAUCGUUUCCCCCAGGAAUCUGUGCUUAUGCCGGUGUGUGUGUGUGUGUGUGUGUGUGUGUGCGCGCGCGCGUGUGCGUGUGUGCGUGUGUGUGCUAUCCAUUAGUCUGCUGUACAUAGACGCGUCUGUCACUCUGUGUUCGUUUUUGUCCAGCCUAGUCUCUCUCCCUCUCUCUCUUUGCCUUCAUGUGCGCUCAUUACAUUGUUUAUACGCGCGUAGAUUGUUGUUGGCUUAGUGUAGUACAAUGGUAGUAGGCGCUCCUAUUUUUUGGGCUGUAGUUUUUGUUUUGUCUCUGUAGGUAGGCAUGCAUUGUCAUUUUCGGAAAUUGUAUACGUUUUGGAUCCUUCCUGAUAACCACAGGGCGGUGUACGAGUAUUUGCAACUGG